UUGCCAUCAAACUCACUUCAAGUGUCUCAAGAAGAGCAGUAGUGUCUACUCAAGCGCAAAUAAAGGACAAAUCUCAUAAAUCCCACCCUUCAGAGAGCAGAAAAAUUCGAAUCAGCAUGAACUUCAACAAAGUCUUCAUUUUCUUGGCCGUGGUGAUCGCCAUUUUUGCCGGACAAACCGAGGCCGGUUGGCUCAAGAAGAUCGGCAAGAAAAUCGAGCGUGUUGGCCAGCACACCAGAGAUGCCGCCAUUCAGGGAAUUGCUGUGGCCCAACAGGCCGCCAAUGUUGCUGCCACUGCCAGAGGCAAGUAGUUGCCUUAUUAUCAAACCGCCACUGCCUAAAUAAAUUAGU